AUGUUAGAAGUAAACCACGCCGGUCUAGAGCCUUCCCUUAAAAAUGUGAUCGAGCAAGAAACCCUGAGAUGGAUAUUCGUCGGCGGUAAAGGUGGCGUUGGCAAAACGACAUGCAGCUGUAGUUUAGCGGUACAAUUAGCAAAAGUCCGACACACCGUGUUAAUUCUAUCAACGGAUCCCGCUCACAAUAUAUCCGAUGCAUUCGAUCAAAAGUUCACUAAAGUACCUACGCAGGUAAGGGGUUUUGAUAAUCUGUUUGCUAUGGAAAUUGAUCCAAAUGUAGGUUUUAACGAAUUGCCCGAUGAGUACUUCGACGGUGAACCGGACGCCAUGAAAAUGAGCAAAGGUAUCAUACAGGAAAUAAUAGGAGCCUUCCCCGGCAUAGACGAAGCCAUGAGUUACGCGGAAGUAAUGAAACUGAUCAAAGGCAUGAAUUUCUCCGUGGUGGUCUUCGACACCGCUCCCACGGGCCACACGUUACGUCUACUGUCUUUCCCUCAAGUCGUCGAGAAAGGCCUGGGGAAACUGUUGAAGCUUAAACUGAAGAUAUCCCCGCUCAUAUCGCAAAUCAGCGGCCUUCUAGGACUGCCCGAUUUCAGCGCCGACAACUUCACGUUGAAAAUGGAGGAGAUGCUGGGCGUGAUAAAGCAGGUGAACGAACAGUUCAAGAAUCCCGAUCAGACGACGUUCGUUUGCGUGUGCAUCGCCGAGUUCCUGUCCCUCUACGAGACGGAACGUCUCGUGCAGGAAUUGACCAAGUGCAAGAUCGACACGCACAACAUCAUCGUCAAUCAAUUGCUGUUCAACAAAGACAACAAGAAUUGCCAAAUGUGCGCCGCGCGGUUUAAGAUCCAAGAGAAAUACCUCGAUCAAAUCAACGAUUUGUACGAGGACUUUCACGUCACCAAGUUGCCGCUGCUCGAAAAGGAAGUCAGAGGCCACGAAAGCGUCCUGGUUUUUUCCGAACAUUUAGUUAAACCUUACGCCGAACAUUCGAAUCAGACGGUUGAAAAGGCUUGA